AGACGAGUGGCCGAACCUGGCGACAGAGGCUAGCGGUGUUGAUGUGAACUGGUUCGUUCAGACCUUGGGCCGCAAAACUGCCCGACGAGCGCAGGGAAAGUGGCACGUACCCUCUCCAGAUCGCAUAAGCGCAGCUGGGGAACUUGCCCAGCCCAGCCCACAGGGUGCUAAAGGGUCAGAAAGGACCCGCCUUUCCCAGACUGGGGCCCGGCGGGGCGAAGGUUGUUCCCAAGGCCACGUGAGGCUUCCUCGCCCCUAAAAGCCCCAAACAGGCAGGGCUAAUGGAAGAGGGAAGUUAGGGACGCCCCAACCUCGGAGACGCUGCGCCGUGCAGCCGGCCCUAGAGCCGCUCUCACGACAGCUGCCUCGUCCAACCGGGGGAGGUCGCGGCCGCCGAGCGAUGGCCCGCCGCAGCCGGGACGGGCGCCCCGGGCUGUCCGCGCCGCCGACCCCGCCGCUGCUGCCGCUGCUGCUGCUGUUGGCCGCCGCGGUGUCGCCGAGCCUGGCAGAAGUCCACUAUGCAACUGUGUACUGGAUGCCUGCUGAAAAGACAGUACAAGUCAAAAACGUACUGGACAGGAAUGGGGACGCCUAUGGCUUUUACAAUGACUCUGUGAAAACCACAGGCUGGGGCGUCCUGGAAAUCAGAGCGGGGUAUGGUUCUCAGGCCCUGAGCAAUGAGAUCAUCAUGUUUGUGGCUGGCUUUUUGGAGGGUUACCUCACUGCCCCACACAUGUAUGACCACUUCGUUAACCUCUACCCACAGCUGAUUAAGAAACCUUCCAUCGUGGAUAAAGUGCAAGAUUUUAUAGAGAAGCAAGAUCGGUGGACCCGGAAAAACAUCAAAUAUUACAAGGAUGACCCAUUUUGGAGACAUACAGGCUAUGUUGUGACACAAAUGGAUGGAUUGUAUGUAGGAGCCAUGAAGAGGGCUAUGUUAGAAAAGACAAAGCCUAUGACCCUGUUCCAGAUUCAGUUCCUGAAUGCCGUUGGAGAUCUGUUGGAUCUGAUUCCCUCAGUUUCUCCCACAACAAAUUCCAGCUUGAAGGUUUUUAAGAGAUGGGACAUGGGACAUUGCUCUGCCCUUAUUAAGGUUCUUCCUGGAUUUGAGAACAUCUUUUUUGCUCACUCAAGCUGGUACACGUAUGCAGCCAUGCUCAGGAUAUAUAAACACUGGGACUUCAACAUCAAUGAUAAAGACACGAGCAGUAGUCGCCUCUCUUUCAGCAGUUACCCAGGAUUUUUGGAGUCUCUGGAUGACUUUUACAUUCUUAGCAGUGGCUUGAUAUUGCUACAGACCACAAAUAGUGUGUAUAAUAAAACCCUACUGAAGCUUGUGGUACCCCAGUCUCUCCUGGCGUGGCAAAGGGUCCGUGUGGCCAAUAUGAUGGCAAAUGGUGGCAGGCAGUGGGCAGAGAUCUUUUCAAAGUACAACUCUGGCACCUACAACAAUCAAUACAUGGUCUUGGACCUGAAGAAGAUAAAGCCGAAGUACAGCCUUGACAGCGACACUCUGUAUAUUGUGGAGCAAAUUCCUACAUAUGUAGAAUAUUCUGACCAAACUAAUGUUCUACGGAAAGGAUAUUGGCCCUCCUACAACAUUCCUUUCCAUGAAAAGAUCUACAACUGGAGUGGCUAUCCAAUGUUAGUUCAGAAGCUGGGUUUGGAGUACUCCUAUGAUAUGGCUUCACGAGCCAAAAUCUUCCGGCGUGACCAAGGGAAAGUGACUGAUAUGGCAUCCAUGAAAUAUAUCAUGCGAUACAACAAUUAUAAGAAGGAUCCUUACAGUAAGGGCGAUCCCUGCAAUACCAUCUGCUGCCGUGAGGACCUGAACUCACUUAACCCAAGUCCUGGAGGUUGCUAUGACACGAAGGUGGCCGAUAUCUACCUAGCAUCAGCGUACACAGCCCAUGCCAUCAGUGGUCCCACAGUACAAGAUGGCCUCCCUGUUUUUCACUGGAACCGUUUCAACAAAACUCUCCACCAGGGCAUGCCAGAGACCUACAACUUUGAUUUUAUUAUCAUGAAACCAAUUUUGAAACAGGACAUAAAAUGAAGGAGGGAUUUGAGGGAAUAGAAGGGAAUAGAAGGUCGCAAAUAAGAUUCCAAAGGCACUAUUUUAGCUAUGUUUUUUCCAUUCAGAAUUAAUCUUAAUAAAAUAUAUUAAAUUCAGUCUGUCACUUUUAUUUUCUACUAUUGAUUUUGUAGGUUUUGGCAACAAACAUUCACUGUAGGGUGACAGACUGUAGAGGAAAUAUUCUAGAAGAUAAGUAACUGGCUUCAGCAUACAAGUUUAUAUACAGGACGGUAUGGCAGAAACUGCCCAGCCAGAUCCAUAUUCUCCUUUUAUGCCUGGCCACACAGAACACAUCACCCAGGUUCCCCUAGAUAGUUGUGCCAUGUGACAGGGUUCUUGCCAAAUGAGUCCAAAAUUAGUGUCACUUCUGGGCUCGGCCCCUAAAAACCUGUACUCUUCCAUGCUCUUUCUCCUUCACCUGGCUGGAUAUACUUAAGGGCAAAGCCCUAGGGGAUGGUGGAACUGCGUUUUCAAAGGAACCUCUAAUGGAAAUUCAGGUAGUGAUUUUUCUGAUCAUUAAUAAGCACCAGCUGAUUCUUCAUGGUGCAGACUAGGCACACAAUAUGACCUUAAUGUUUUCUCCCACUAGUUAAAUAAAAGCAGCAUAUCUAAUCUGGGACCAAAACUGUAUAGAGCAGUUUUUCUUUCAAAGCUAGAGAACUGUAUGUGGUAUGAGUGCUGAAAUAUUGCCAAGUAGGUUAAAUAAACAAUAUUACACAGUAUAAUGGGUGAUUCUUAAUAAGGUGAGAACUUCCAAAAGCAACACAAGGGCUGAGAAUAAUUACAAUGAAUCAGAAUACUCAGAAUGUUAAAAACCCAGUAGUUUAUUUCAAAGUAUAAAUGUCAGGCUUGCUGGACAAAAUCCCACUACAGUUAACACUUAUACAGACACCACUCUACUGUACAUUUAAAAAAGAAAAAAAAAAAACACAAAAACCUUCAAAACCUAAUAAAAAUAGGGCAACUUGCUAUAGCCCAGUUUAUAUUAGACAUUAGGAAGGUCUUAAACAUUGUCUUACUAUUUACACUUUCACCUGCAAUAAAGAAAAAUCAGGAUGCAAGUUUCCUACAAAAGAUUUACUUUUAUAUUUAAUUUUGAAAUGGCUGAGAAAAUAAUAAAGCCAGGAUCCCCAAAAGGUGUUUGAUUGCCCAGUUACCUUAUGUACAAAAAGUAAAAAAAAAAACAAAAACCAAACAAAACAAAAACAAC